AUGAAAACGGACUUCGGUACCUUCGUACCCCUGUCCCGGACGGCAGACGUGCACUUGCUAUUAGAAACUCAGGAGGAAGUUGAGCUUCGAGCUCCAGCGCCCGCAGGCGACUCUGACUCCGAAUUUGAGUUCGAGGAAUUAGAUUGGGACGCGCUUCUUGGUGAAGAUUCGCCAUCGAGCACGCCAUGUAACAUAUCCGAUUCCCCUAUAAUUGCGAACCACGAAUCCGUCCGCUCUUCAUCCCCGUCCCCAUCCCCAUGUCUUCCCUUCGAUGUCCGGACGGCUUCGCCUUGGUCGACCUCUACAACACUCUGCGGGGCCGAUGAGCUACUGUGUGGAUGUGGGUCCGACGACCCUAAGCACUCGCUAUGGUGCCCUGGUUUGCUAGAGUUGACGCUUUCGCUCGAUGACGACAUGGCGGUAUUGGACUCUCAGUUGUAUCAGGAGGCGGAGGAGCUUUGCGCGGCAGUCUUGAGGAUGAAGGCGAUAGAGGGCUGGAGAUCGUACCUUCCCGUCGACCUCGUGGAGAAUCUACAAGCAUUGGUGGACGACGCACGUGUAAGCCUUGCGGAGCUCGAUACGGGGCUGAGGUGGCAGGGUCUGGAAGUGCUGGAGCAGGCCAAGCCGACCCACGCUGAGCAAGCGAACCUGAACCUCUUCCUCAGGCUGGACCUCGAGGUCGCUAUACCGGAACUACGGGCGGAUGCGCGGGACGCAUGCCUAGGGCUGGACGGUUUGCGGGGAUUGCACCUUGUGGAGAUUGGCCGGGUUUCGGGAGGCGAGAAUAAGGAGACGCGGGAAAAGGUACAGAAGGAGGUCGAUGUCGUUCGGCGGAGGGCUAGGGCGGUGCACGACGUGGCGAAGAGGAUGGGAGUGCAGAGACCGGAUUUACCUCUCUUGUCGGUCGAGACCAUCGGGCAGCUUCGAGGGAUGCUUUCGGUCCGUCGUGCCCCGAACCGUGGUCGGGCGGCGCAGGUCACCCCCGUUGAGCAGCCUACCGUUCUCGUCGACUCGCCGACCGCAUCCUCCGCGACGGAUUCCGAAUCGUCGCUACAGAUCGCGCAGAAGAACGUCCCCGUUUUCGGUAAGCCGUCUUUGCGCGGUUCUAGCCCUCGCACGCUAGGCAUUCCCGAAGCGUUCAGGGAGGGAAAUCCUCACGGUAUCUUUGGCUUCCUGGCGUACGCUCUAGACCGGGACUCUGUCGCGCGUCUCGACGUGGAGGAAUGUCUUCAAAGAGAUGGUUGCAAGGAGCAAUGCAUUCGCUCUGUGAUCUCAACGCCGUCUACGCUUGCGCCAUUGGCUGUAACUGCUGCAAAUACGGAACGCCGCCCUAUCUCCGACUGCUCCCCCGCCGCAGGCGGUUCACAGAGCACUGCAGGUGUUUUAGAAUCGGCCGACGGUGAUCCUGUGAACCGCAGCCUCUCGUCACCGCCUACGGCUCACCCGCACGAAGCUGGCGACGACGAUAUCGUGGCAGAGCCAGAAGCGCCACCCGACGCCGGAUUUCAUCUCGAUGGGGACAUUUCCGACGAUCCCUGCCGUGUUACGACAUCGCCCAUUCGAGAGCAGAAGAUUCGCGCUUUCCCCGAAUGCAGGAGGAUGACCGCGCGAAAGCGCGCUCGUUCACUUCCAGCCUCGGCCCACUACGAACAAACUGAGGACACGUUGGAAUUCAGCGAAGGCCCGGGCCGACCUAUGAAACGUGCGAGGACUUGA